AUGCAUAUCAUCCAUUCUCUCUUUGUCUGCCUGACGGCAUUUCUCCUCGCUGUCCAGGCACAGAUCAACCCCUGGGAGGCUAGGCACGGUCUGACAGCCACGGACUAUCAGCAACUCUUCAACAAUCUCACCAGCAAGGGUUAUUGUCUGAAUUGGGUCAGUGGAUACGCUCUGAAUGACAUCCCGCACUUUGCCGCAAUCUUCGAGAAGAAGUCGAGCCCCGCAUGGGUCGCCAGACACGGCUUGACUUCGCAGCAGUACCAACAGGCGUUCGAUCAGUACACUUCCCAAGGUUUUAACCUGGUGCUCGUGAAUGGUUACACAGUAGCGGGCGUCGAUUAUUAUGCCGCCAUAUGGGAUAAGUCACCGACUAGUCCCUGGGUGGCCAGACAUGGCAUGACCAGCUCCGACUACCAAGUCGCUUUUGACCGCUACGCGAAGGAUGGUUACCGACUCGUCCACGUCAGUGGGUAUUCUGUUAGUAAUGACGCUCGCUAUGCUGCCAUCUGGCGGAAGACGAACGAUGGAAUCUCGUGGGUGGCUCGACACGGCAUGACAAGCAGCGACUAUCAAAGUUGGUUCAAUACGUACAGCGACCAAGGUUAUCGUCUAGUCCUGGUGAACGGAUAUGAGGUUGCAGGGACCGACUUCUACGUUGCAAUCUGGGACAAGUCCAGCAGCGGUCCAUGGGUGGCACACCACGGUAUGACUAGCGACCAAUAUCAGGCCCAGUUCGACAACAAUUAUUACCAGGGUUUCCGGCUCAAGGUUAUCAGCGGCUACAAUAACGCUGGCCACUAUGCGGCCCUGUGGGAGAACCCCGUCAUGAAAGGCUCCGACCUAUCUAACAUCGAUGCCGGCGUCAGCUCCUAUAUGAGCAAAUACAAUAUCCCGGGCCUGUCUCUCGCAGUCACUCAGAACGACAGGCUGGUUUUCGCCAAGGGCUACGGCAUGGCGAACCAGGCUUCUAAUACCAUUGUAACGCCAAAAAGCCGGUUCCGCAUCAUGAGCAUCUCCAAGUCGAUCACCUCGUCAGCCAUAAUGAAGCUCCGGGACGCCGGCAAGUUCAAGCUCACCGACAAGGUGUUCGGCCCCGGAUCCAUCACGGGCGACAAGUAUGCCGGCCAGAUGCCGCUUGUCAACGGCAAGCGCCAGUACCCGCCAGGGAUCGCGGACAUGACAGUGCAGAACCUGCUCGAGCACCAGGCCGGCUUCAGCGGGGUGCACGACCCGGAGGUCGACCUAAUUACCAUGACGCCGGCCCAAGCCGUCAGCAAGAUCAUCGCCACUGUGCCACUGGCUUACCCGGUGGGCACGCAAAACGUGUACUCCAACUUCGGUUUCCUGAUUCUGGGCCGGCUGGUGGCCGACUUGGGCGGCGCUCCCGACUACGAGACAUACGUACGCAAUCAGAUCCUCGGCCCGUCCGGCGCAGCGGGAAUGCAGCUAGCCAGCAACGCGGGCUCGCUGCCGAGAGAGGUCACCUACUAUCCCUUGGGUGUGACGGGCUCGUUCCACAUCCACGAGUUCGACAGUUUCGGCGGCUGGGUCGCCACCAUGCCCGACCUGGCCAGGUGGUACACCCGUGUCGACGGGCUGGCCGGCCGCUCAGACAUCCUCCCGACCGCCACAGAGACGGAGAUGUGGACCCCGGGAAGUCACAGCAACGGAGGUUACGCCAAAGGGUGGAUCGUCAACGGCGGCGCGACUAAAGGCGCCCCUGCUGGAUGGCGGGGCCACAACGGCGCCUUCGGCGGCACCAGCUCCUUCUUCUCCCAGCGAACGGACGGCACCGGUCUCGCCUUCGCUGUCGUUAUGAACUACAACUCUGGUAACAAGCUCGACGGCUACAGCUCCGAGCUGCGCGGCGUCAUCGACAGCUUUAUCGGCGGUGUCACGUGGCCGUCGUACGAUUUGUUCUAA